AUGGCGUCGAUUGGCCAACAGCCGAUCCGUGUGCGCACGCUGGAGAUCCUCUGGCACGGCUGCGAGCGCGACGAGGAGGCGGUGCAGUUGGGUCUGCAAAGUGUCGCCAUUGAGGGCAUCGUGUCAAUCGACUACAGCAGCCACGGCCACCGCAUCGUCACAUGCGGUGGCGACGGCUACAUCCGCCUGUGGCAGAUGCACCCCGACGCGACGGACCGCUGGCUCGCCAAUGGCCAGAGUGACAUGACGGCGUGCGUGAGUUUCAUCUGCGGCAUGCGUACGUCGUGGAUGCCGCUCACCGCGCGCUGGUCACCGCACGCGAGCAUGAUCGCCUCCGCGCACUGCGACGGCAAGAUCUGCCUGUGGUGGCCGGAGCGCCGCGACGACGGCCGGGAGGAGUGGAAGGACUACCGCCACCUCUCCGGUCACGUGAUUGACGUGUACGACGUCUGCUUUUCCCCCGACGGGCGCUACCUGUUGAGCGCCGGCGGCGACGGCAGCGUCGUGCUGCACGACCUCGAGGGCUCCACGGUGCCGGUGCUGCAGCUGUCGGAGAUGCACCGAAAGUUCUGCUGCGGCGUCGCCUGGGACCCUUGGGGGCGCGGCGUCGCGAGUUU